AGGUGAGCUGCACUUGAGCAGUGAGCACCUAGCAGUGAGCAGUGCCAGUUAGCAGUAAGUCAGUGAGUCAGCAGUCGUUGUCUCGUUGCAGUUUGUCGGUGUUGGUGGCUGCAAUGAGGCGUCUGUUGGCUGCAGCUUCCCAAUCCAGCAGCCACAAGCGAAGAGGCUUUUCCUGACCUGAUCCGGACCUCCAACGACACAAACCGGUACCAAGCAGCAGCCGGGGCGAGGGCGCGCACUGUAAUGCAUCUCGAGCUCGUGGGCCUUAAUCCUCGUCGCCGGGGCCAGUCCUCAGAGCUGAGACCUUCUAGGCGACCUGAAAGUAUAGCGCGCGAUUGCAUGGUUCUCUAGUUUACUUGCUUACUUCACACCGUACUUCUACUUACACAGCUACAACCUUCGCCGCAACAACCUAGACUUCCUCCUUUCAGUCUGAGCGCAGCUGGUACUGUGAUCGCAGCACGACGCCAUGAGUUCUGUCGGCCGCUUGUUUUCGAGAGCGAAAAAGGUCGUCGGCACAACAGCUGUAGCGUACAAGGCGCCAGAGUCUUCGUCGCCUGUCCCUCCGCCAGAGAACCGGCGGAAGCGCUCGCAAGCAGGCCUGCUGAAUGGUAAAGUCACUGAAGAAAAUGCCGAUCUGCUGGGCGAGAUGGCCUGGCUGGCAGAUAUUGAUGAGUCGGAUUUGAUGCUGGAACAUCUCUUCGAGGUUGCUGAAGGAAACGACUGGUUUGAUAUCGACGAAGAGGAGGCACAGAUGCAGCUCAUGACGAUCCGCGCUGGCGUGGGUCAGUAUGUUUCGCGACCACUCGGCACUGAGAUCACGCCACUGGAGCUUAUCGCCCAGGGUCUCAAUUGUGACGCAGCCAUGCUCAUGUGCACAGAUGCGACAAGAGUAUUGCUUGACUGCACGCCGCCGACCGCUAGAAACAUUGUCAUUGGCGGUGAGAUUGUCAAGCUUGUGGACAACAUCUUGCCUUUCCCAGCCUAUGACGGUACCAAAGUCCGCGGCAUUUGCUUUGUCAAGGAGCUCGAUGGCUGUAUCAUUUGGAAUGAGGAUGCUUCAACCAUCAACGACUAUGCGCGAAAGUGGGACGAAAUCAUCACCAGACUAGUCUUCUCUGAAAAGGAGAAGCUCACGGACCAGAGCAUCUUUGGUACGGAGCAAGACUUCCAAAAGAACCACAAAAACAUCUUUGAGCAGGGUCUAUCAGACGAAGAAGCAGCCGUCGAGGCAGAAAGGCCGACUAUGAUCCUGUGGCCGAUGACAGUGGCCGUGACAUUUAUCGUCAUGGGCGCUCUCAUGGGUACUGUGCUCAAAGAGGUCGUCAUCGAAUUCAUGCAAAGCAAGGAUCUCAAGAACCUCCUCUUCCUCAUCACCAUCCCGCUUGUUGGCAUGAUGGUCGCCUUCUUCCUUUCUAUUAUCUCUGCAGGAGUAUUCCAGAUCAUUGGACCUAUCAACCACAUGCAGACCAAUUCUCGCAACUACUCUGCAAAGCCGCCAACUUCUACUAUUGCAAGGUCUGAUUUGCCACACGUCACAAUUCACUGUCCAGUGUACAAGGAAGAUCUCUGGGAUGUCAUUGAUCCCACUAUACAAUCCUGCAGAACAGCCAUCGCCACAUACCAAGCGCAAGGUGGUACCGCCAGUAUUCUCGUCGCUGACGAUGGUGCUCAAUUGCGGUCUGCCGCUGAUCAACAUGUUCGUGAAGAGUAUUACCGAGCCAACGAUGUCGCUUGGACUGCACGUCGUCCGCACGGCCAAGAUGGCUACCUUCGUGAAGGUCUAUUCAAGAAGGCUUCCAACCUCAAUCACUGCAUUCGUCUGUCUGAGGAUGUCGAACGGCGCUUUCAGGAAAUGAAGGGUGACGCAGAAGGCGAUCUUGAAACUUACAACAUGGCUCGCAAAGAAAUUCUCGCUGAGCGCAACAAUGUCGAUUGGGCCACUGGCGACUUAUCGCUUGGUUCACUUGUGCUCAUUAUUGACUCUGAUACGCGUAUCCCGGUCGAGUGUAUCUUGUCUGGUGUGCUCGAGAUGCGCGACUCGCCAGAAGUGGGCAUCUUGCAACACACAGGUGACGCCCUCAUUGUCUCUGGAGACUUUUGGGAGAUGGGUAUGGCACACUUCAUUCGCAUGGUCUUUUUCGGUAUUCGCUACACAGUUGCUGGAGGUGAUUUAGCGCCUUUCCUCGGUCACAAUGCCUUUCUGCGCUGGUCUGCUGUAGCUGAAGUGGCUCGUGAAGGACUCAAUGGUGAAUUGCAUUGGUGGUCAGAGGAUCAUGUCUCUGAAGACUUUGAGUUGGCCAUGCGCCUGCAAACUGUUGGAUACAGUACCCGUCUCGCUUCCUACUUUUCGACAGAAUUUCUCGAAGGUGUGUCUCUCACAGUUUAUGACGAGAUUGCUCGAUGGACCAAGUACGCUUGGGGCUGCUCUGAGCUCAUGUUCAAUCCUUUCAAGUUUUGGUUUUCCAAGGGCCCCUUUGGACCUAUAGUUAAGGCUUUUCUCAAGUCAAAGCGUGUGCCGGUCGCUGCCAAGUGUUCAUCGCUCUUUUACAUGUGGACAUACUGGAUUAUUGCGUCGUCUUGGAUCUAUUGCGUUGUCAACUUUGUCGCUUUUGGCUGGUUCACAAACGGCGUCAAUCGCGCCUUUGUCGCUCAAUUUGACGUCCUCGUCGCGGUGUGCAUCAUCUUUGGUCUACACGAUGCGAUUGUCAUUCCGUUUGCCAUGUGGCGACUGAAGGAAGCUGGCAUCAUCUCCGGUAUCAGGGCCACUCUCCGCAAUUUUUGGCUUCCAAUCAUCUUCUUCCAAGGCUUGAGCGUACAUCUCUCAAAGGCGCUCUUGGCACAUUUGUUCAAUGCGAAAAUGACAUGGGGUUCUACAAGCAAGUCAGUAGAGAAUAGGACCUUGGUCGAGGAAAUGCCCAAGAUUUGGCGCAACUACAAGGUCAUGUUUAUCUUGUGUGGUUUUCUCGGUGUGUCAGUCAUUGUUCUAGCAGUUGCCGUGCCGCCGCUCUACCGGAUAGACUCAUUCAAGUCACUCUUCCCAAUUGUUUGGAUGAUUUCUUUCCACUUGGCAAAUCCCUUCGUGCUGCAUGCACAAAGUUAUCUCUCAGAAUUGCUCACGCGGGUCGGACGCAGCAUGUAGAACGCUUCUUAGUGUUUGAUAGAUGAUAUUGAAAUUAUUACAAAAGAGAGAGCCUCCUUUUUCUUUAAGAAUACGCGUGUGUGGAAAGGCUGCUGCAGGUGUCAUGUACCUGCAAUAUCAAGUGGUCUCUCUUUCAAUUGAAACGAAAACUUGUUCUGGAGAAUAGAGGUGGUGGGGAAUUUUGAGUCGAAUCAUGUCUGAACCAGCCAGGCCUAAAGAGACUAGCAGGUUGACAGUAAAAGAAUGAAGCUGUCAUGAAUGAGCGGCCGAUGCUGCAAAGCCAUGUCGAAGAAGGAGAAAAGAGGAAAAGUCAAAAGCCAAAAAGAAAAAAUUGGAUACCGCACCCCAAAUAA